CUGUGUGCGAUGUGAACCGCCCCAGCCUGUUUAAACCGAAAGGACACCCUUCCAGCCUCUUCAAUGCAAAACAUACCCAGAUAGGAGCGAAGGGAACCGUGGUGUAAAUAGCGACAUAUUCAAACCUCUCUGCGCUCUCCUUUUCUGUCUCCUUACAUUCUCACACGCGUCUAUCUCUGUUUCUCUCUCUCUCACACACGCAUACUCUUUAUAAACAGUAUAUAGUUAUAUAUAUGUACAUAUAAUACAGUUAUAAAUAUACACGCGAUUGCUAUACCAUAUUUCCAUCUAUAACAACUUCUACUCUUGGGUAAAAUGGCAACGUUGACGAACGGACAGGCUGACAACCCGAGCCUCAGCAGCAGCCCCAGCAGCGCUAGCACCAACGGGCACAUGAAUGGAUUAAGCCACAGUCCCGGGAAUCCCUCUACCAUCCCGAUGAAGGACCACGAUGCCAUCAAGCUUUUCAUCGGACAGAUCCCCCGCAACCUGGACGAGAAGGACCUCAAGCCUCUGUUCGAGGAAUUCGGCAAGAUCUACGAGCUGACCGUACUAAAGGACAGGUUCACAGGCAUGCACAAAGGCUGCGCCUUCCUCACAUACUGCGCCAGAGAGUCAGCCCUGAAAGCUCAGAGCGCCCUGCACGAGCAGAAGACUUUGCCAGGGAUGAACAGGCCCAUCCAGGUGAAACCAGCCGACAGUGAAAGCCGAGGAGAAGACAGAAAACUAUUUGUGGGCAUGCUCAAUAAGCAGCAGUCAGAGGACGACGUGCGCCGGCUUUUUGAGUCUUUUGGAAACAUUGAAGAGUGCACCAUCCUGAGGGGCCCUGACGGCAACAGCAAAGGUUGUGCCUUUGUGAAGUACUCCUCCCACGCAGAGGCUCAGGCUGCUAUCAGCGCCCUGCACGGCAGCCAGACCAUGCCGGGCGCCUCCUCCAGUCUGGUGGUGAAGUUCGCAGACACAGACAAGGAGCGCACUAUCAGGAGGAUGCAGCAGAUGGCAGGACAGAUGGGAAUGUUCAACCCUAUGGCCAUCCAGUUCGGGGCUUAUGGAGCCUACGCCCAGGCAAUGCAGCAGCAGGCCGCGCUCAUGGCCUCCGUCACUCAGGGCGGGUACCUCAACCCCAUGGCCGCCUUCGCCGCCGCUCAGAUGCAGCAGAUGGCAACGCUGAACGUCAACGGGCUGCCUGGAGGACCCAUGACACCCACCUCAGGUGGCAGCACACCUCCCGGGAUUACCGCACCUGCCGUUCCCAGCAUUCCCUCAGCCAUCGGAGUCAACGGCUUCACUGGCCUUCCGCCACAAGCCAACGGGCAGCCCACUGCUGAGGCCGUGUUCGCCAACGGCAUACACCCCUAUCCAGCCCAGAGCCCUCACCUCUCUCUCUCUCAGCGGAUCUCCCUUCAGCAGGCCUAUGCAGGAGUGCAGCAGUAUGCAGCAGCCUACCCUGCAGCGUAUGGGCAGAUCAGCCAAGCAUUCCCCCAGCCUCCUCCCAUGAUGGCCCAGCAGCAGAGAGAAGGCCCAGAGGGCUGUAACCUGUUCAUCUACCACCUCCCCCAGGAGUUCGGAGACAGCGAGCUCAUGCAGAUGUUCCUGCCUUUCGGUAAUGUCAUCUCCUCGAAAGUGUUUGUGGAUCGGGCGACAAACCAAAGUAAAUGCUUUGGGUUUGUGAGUUUUGACAAUCCGGCCAGUGCCCAGGCUGCCAUCCAGUCUAUGAAUGGCUUUCAGAUUGGCAUGAAGAGACUCAAAGUGCAGCUCAAGAGGCCAAAAGAUGCCAAUCGUCCAUAUUAACCACGCAGGACAGCGUGCACCUGGCACCAGACGAUAUAACAGGACCAGAUUUUUGGAGUGGAAACGCAUGUACAAAUAAAUAAUAAUAAUCAAACAAAAAAUAAUAAAAAUCGAGGAA